GAGCCAGAACGAGGCAAAUGUGUAUUGAAUUUUGUCGGUGCUGUAAUACACAUUCAAAAAUAUGAUUUGGGUUAUAUUUACGACUUGAGUAGUUGUGAUAAUCGACAAAAGACUCUUUAAAUUUUAAAAGAAGAGUGUCAGAUUAACGUUUGUUGAAUUCAAGUGGACAAGGACUUUGAAAUGGCGAAUAUUUAAUGGAUAUUUCGCGCGAUUUGUUAUUUAUUUUGUAAAAGAUGGCGUCGAGUUCUGUGAGUCAAGAAAGUUUGGACAUCGAAGACUAUGAGAUAAGCUCACGACAGAGUAGGGUAAGGCGUGCUCGGGCCCUGAUGCCAAAAAUUGGUGACGGAUACGAUCGGGAAUCCCCUCGAAAUGGAGACGGGGGUGGUGAUGUCAUUCCCGAGCACGAGUCCCCCUCCCGAUCAACGGCAGCAUCACGAGCCCGAGACAAAAGGCGACCUAACCACCUCCAUAAAGGAAAACUCCCUAAAGAUAAACGUAAACUGAGAGAGAAGAGGCGCAGCACUGGUGUAGUCAACCUCCCCUCAACAGAGAGUACAGGGGAUUCCCUUGAUGAUGAAGAUGACGAGGAGUUAUUGGAAGCGAAGAAGAAUACAUCGUAUAAUGAAGUCAUCGACGCAGAUAAUCCUCAAACUCCAUCCGAGAGCAGAGUACCAAGACCUUUCUCUUCCAGAAGAUCAAACAAAAGCCCUUCAGAUCUUGAGGCGGACCUAGAAGAUAACCAGGAUUAUGACAGCACCGUGAGCCAAUCAGAAACCAAUCUUACUCUCAUCGGAAAGUCUGACUCCGUUGAGUCGUCCAAUCAAAACGCUAGUCCUAAGAUGGGGCAAGGCCAGCAGUUCUUUGGCAGGUCUACUAACCAUCCGGAUAUACCCAAGUCUUUCAGAAAUUUUUCACCCAACACAAGUGAGAACGAAACAAAGACUUCUCCGUCAUACUCCUCCAAUUCUUCUUCUCCCUCCUCAAUACUGAACCGAUAUAAGUGGCGCAGUCCCGACGUGUUAAAUCAGGAGAGGGAACCUCCUUCUUCUGGUACAGGAAUAUCUUCUAUCAUCUCUAAAUACGACAGAAAACCCAGCGAAACAGAAACAAAUUCCACAACAGGUUUUACUUCUAAAGGCUACCGAAAUUUUGGGGAUAGAUUCCGUAAAGAAAGUCCAUUUCAGAGUCAGUUCCGAAGCGUAGCUGCUCCAACAACGAGGGAAGAUGCCGAAAAGAUCAAUCUCAAAAAGAUGCUUGAGAAAGAGCAAGAGGAGAAUAAGAAGAUGAAGGAACUGUUGGAAGAUAAAGACAGACGAAUAGCAGAGCUGGAGAGAGAGGUGUACCUUCUUAAUAAGUAUUUAGUGGAUUUUUUAGUGUUGAUCUUGAAGACAUGGACGAUGAAGCGCAGAAACUUCAGUUGGAGAACAAUGCACUGAUAAGAGCUGUCUCUCAGCUGAGCACUCAAGUGUGACGGUCUUCAAGAAAACCAAUCGAGCACACCCGCUGCACUGCACUAGACACACACUUUACUAGAAGAUCAUGUGAUAUGCAUGUUAUGUAAAGAACUUUUAAAAGAAUUAAAUUGAUAACAAUAUUUGCAAGACAAAUAAUGAAACCAAUUGUUUAACAAUAAUAAUUUGUCAUGGGAUGUUUUGAUUUCAAAUUUGUGAUUUCUUUGUAGCUGUAAACCAAAUACUUUCUAGUUUACGCAUAUUUUUUUUAAAAUAUGAAUGAUUAUAAAAUUUUAAAUAUUUAUACCAUUAGUGUUCAAGUAUUUCUUACAGCAAUUUUGUUUUUAUCUCAUUCUUUCAAUACUUUCAUUAUUUUUGCUUGCAACUUAUAAAAGAAAAAGUGAUUGGGGAAUUAAUUCAUGAUGUGAAGUUUCUUAAGUUGGAAAACCAUAAGAUUUUUCUUGUUGAAACCCAUUAUGUUGCAUUCAACUUGAUAGAUUUCUUUUUAAAAAGUUUUAUAAAGAUAUCCAGCUAAAUGCGCAGCAUACAAAAAGCAUAUCUAAUUUUUCAAGUCUAUUAUACAGUGUAACAUAGUUAAAUCUAGCUUAAUAGGACCAAGAAAAAAUUAAAGUUUGAAAUAUGUAGACAUUCAAGAUACUGUGGUUAAAGUAUACAAAGGAAAAAUAGUUGUGGCUUCUAGCUGGCUAUGCUGACUUUUAGAUUCCCAAGGUACAUGUAUUUUAGACAUCCUUGUUGGAGAUAUCAAAGUUCAACUGUAUAUUUUAUAAUAUUUGAGGGUUCUUUUUUUUUCUUAAAAUAUUAUAAAUGGAAAUUAAGUUAGUGAUAAAAUCUGAACAAACUGACAUUUUCUUUGUAUAUUUUUAAAUGCAUAUUGAAUUGAAAUUUAAAAUGCAUUUUGAAUUUCAAAAUGGGUAUCUAAUAUCCAUGGUUGUUAUCAAUUUCAUAUAGCUGCUUUUUUGUGAGUUUACAUUAGUAUGUUUCUAGUUUUUUCAGUUUCUCAGAAAUGCACCACUUUGACCAAAUUUAUACUUGAUUACUUGUGAUACACUGUAGGUGAUUAGUAGGUCAUAUCAUGUGAUUCCUGUUCUUAUUUUUAGUGGUAGAUAUUUUUGGAGCCUUAUGAAGGCUAUAAUAUACAAUUUAACAUUCAUGACGCAUUGUAGUUAUUGGUAUGUUUCCUAUUUUUUGGUAGAGUAGAUAGCAUAUUUCCCUGUUUAACGAGCAUUUUAAUGUCUUGACAGAGAAUUCCUACACAAAUGUGAUACCUUUAUUUCCAAGGGUUGUGCUACUUUAUUGUUUGGAUUAUGUCCCUUGAAAUAAGUGACUUGGGACAUUAAUGUUAAAGCCAGAAAAAAUAUUUUACAUGUUAUAAACGCAAUGGUGAUAUUGGUGCAUUUUUUGUUAAAUUUUGAGUUUAAUUGCGUUAUACAAAUGGUGUUCAUUUUUUCUGUGUUAUAGCCAUAUGUUUAGAUUUUGUUUUCUAUUUAGUCAUUUAAAAUUGGACUAAAAUGUCAUUCCAAAUUUUUUUGUUGUGUGUGUUGUUCAUUAUUGCUUGAUUUAAAAAAAGAAUUACAUGACUUAUGAUUAAAGUGAGGAAACAGAGGAAUGUGGGAAAAUUACAAGAUACACAAAUCAUUUACUAUAAUUUGAUCUGUCCAUUUUAUUUAAACAUUAAGAAACAUUAUAAAGAUAUAUUGUAUAUAUAUGCUGGUUGUGAAACUUCUGUAUUAAGAUAUACAUACUUGUAUAUUUUAUAGCAAUUUUGAAAAUCAAUGUUAUUUAACUCGGACAUAUUUUUUGUAUCUUUUCAAAUUUCUUCUAACUUUUUGUGAGAUAAAAUUUGAUUUUGCCGAUAUUAAUGAACGUUUCCAGAAAUAAACAAAUGUACAAGCUAGGUAACCAACACAAUUUGUAAGUCAUACACAAAGAUUAAAGGUUAAAUUUUACAUGUAAGUCAAUCAAUGCUCAUGAUUUUGGUGCUUUAAUAGUACAUGUAAUUCAUUAACAUAUCUAUGUUCUGAGAACCACAGGCUUAUUCUACAGGAAUUUGUACCUUUGAGGACCAUGUGAAAUCUAUUCUGUAUGCAUGGACAUUUACUUUUUGCAUACUGUCUCUCAUUUGCUUGCUCAUGAAAUCAUUACCUUAAAUUAAUAUCACCUAGGUGCAAUAUGCAUUUUAUAAAAAUGAUUGCACUGAAAAUAUUGUUUUACUUUUUUUGUUGCUUGUCAUGAACAAAGAUACAAAGAAUAUAUGUCAUUGAUUUGCAAAGAAAACAUCAUAUCUGGAUUGAGAAGGGAGUGGAUUAAUUGUUAAUGUUUAUGUCUCAUAAUGUUCAUUUACUGUGAUGUUCAUCAAGUGGGAUCAAAGAAAUUGAAUGCAUCAUUUUGGAAUGUGUGAAAGUGAUACAUUGUAUUUAUAUUAGUGUCCUUGAUAUGGAAGAUAUUGUUUGGAAUGUAUGUUACAAAACAUUCUAUUGUUGAUAUAAAUGUAUUUUUUCUUU